AUGCGCUCUCGUGGUUUUUGGCGGGAUGGUCACUAUUGGUGUAAAGUCGUGCGCACCGUUGGCGGGUUGACUGGUGUGUGGUAUAACAAUGAUAUGGAAAAUGAUGGUAUGGCAAGGUUGGCGUCUAGAGACCUCAAAACUAUUGCUGGAGCUUCACCUAGUACAUCCUGGGUGAUGUAUUCUCGCGCGCCUACGGACAAAGAAUCGGUGAUUUUCAAGCGUGCAGAGGAAAAAAUCAACAAGGCCAUUGGUCACAAGGGGGUCAUAGAUCGUCCUUUUUCGCAAUCCAAAAAUGAUGCUGACAAAAACAAAGACCUAUCUGAUCCAGACUGGGAAGAUGACAAACAUCUUCCUGAAGAAUUUGAUACGCUCAACGACUCUGAAGAUGUUAAACCAUUGUUUUGCUCAGACUUAGAAGCAGCCGAAGAACCUACGGAGUCAAAACCACAAGUACAACAACAUACCAAUACCAAUAAACCCAAGUCCAGAAAACCCAAGAAGGUAAAGAUUGCUGAAAAGUGUGAAGACAUGAAGAUUGAUUCUCAUAGAACAGGGCAAGUUGAAGAAGCGAAAGUUGAGCAAGCUGCAUUACGGGAACACCUGGGCAAUGAUGAUGCCCUUUCCUCAAAGAAUGAAGAACGAUACAUUGCUAAAGACAUUCACACCGACGAUAAACAAAACGUAGUCACGUUGCCAAAGAAAUCACAAGCUAAAAGAGCGCGCUCGAACAAUGACAAACCAACCAAACCGAAAUGGAAAGGUUGGGUAAUCAUGGAUCAAGAGGAAGAGGAAAAUAAAAGCCCAAAAGGGCUGGAGGAGGCUGAAGACAAUGAAGAAAUGAAUGACAAUAAUCGGAGGUCCAAACGUAUCAAGAGUAAGAGGUGA